GCAUACUGAAAGAUAUAACCCAAGUUGCUCCACAUGGAAGUUAUCCUGACUUGAUGCCAUUAUUAGAGUCGUUUUAUGCUACCUUUGACUUGGUGAAAACAGAAAAGUAUGGGAAAAUCAUCCCCAAAACAGGAGUUAAUGAAGAGUUUGAUGUACUCGAAACUAGGCUGAAAGAACUGUUGAAGGAUUCGACUGACUACAUAAACGAGAUGUCUGUAGUUCUUGGUUGCACAGUUGAGUAUUAUGAGACUGACAUUCACCCAAUACUGCUGAAAGUUCCCGAAGAACAUUGCCACAUCCUCACCGAUGAUUACGACCUAAUAUGUAUCAUACCAGGUGAUCAACCUGCAAGGUUAUAUUUGACUCCUUUUACUAAGACACUAUCAGAAGAUGUCCUACGAACUGAAGGAAAAAUGGAUGACAUGCUUCUGAAUUUAAACAGUAGCUGGUUCAGGGAAUUCAGUGAGAAAAAGCAACUGUUUGAAGCAGCCAUUCAAUCUCUAGCAACUUUGGACGUUCUUUGUUCGUUGGCUGAUUAUGCCAGAACUUGUACCAAUGAUUUAUGCAUUCCAGAUGUACGAGCUUUCGAAGGAAAGGCAAUUUUGGCGAUCACAAAUAGCUACCAGCCUUGUGGUGAGAACAUAGAAAAUUUUGUUCCAAAUGAUAUUAAACUGGGAGUUGAAGAUAAAGGUAGAUUAAAAAUUAUUAUCGGACCUGAAGUGAGUGGAAAAUCGACAUUACUGCGGCAAGUAGGCGUCACUAGUAUUUUGGCCCACAUUGGAAGUUUGGUUCCGGCAUCUUGCUGCGUCCUCACUGUGAUGGACAGAGUGUGCUGUAGAGUUGGAGUUUACAAUGAAUCAAUCAAAACACUAUACCCCUUCGUUGGUGAGAUGGGUGAUAUCUGUUCAGUACUCACUCGAAGUACCGAACGCUCCCUUUUACUUAUUGAUGAGAUUGGAAAAGGUUCUUUGCCAAAAGACUUCGUUGGAAUAGCGAAUGUCUUCAUUAUGAAAUUACUGCAUUCAAUGUGUCGAGUAAUAGUGUCUACUCAUUGCCAUGCUGUUGCCCUCGCACAUGUUGAAAAUAGAAACGUAGGAGUUGCUAACAUGGAUUGUGUGAUGGCAUUGGAUGAAAAUGGCAUAGAACAGGUAACAUCUUUCCUGUAUAAACUGCAGGAGUUAGAGAUGUAAUGUUCCAAGAUUAGGAAAAUUAGAAGACAAAAUCUUUCUCAUAAAAGAUGUUUAAGAC